UGAAAGAGAUAAUCAUCAAUAUUAGAGAUAAUUUAAGGAAUAUAAACUAACAAGAUGCCUGAAUAAUUUACAAAAUUAUAUUUAAUUAUAAUACUAUAUUGAGUGAUGAUAGUAUGAUUAAGCUGCGAGGUUUGAUUAAGCCACAAAAUUACUUCAGAAGCCACAACCUUUGCACGAGUACACCAACCCCGCCGCACCCAAUGAAGUAAUACAUCAGCCAACCUUUGCUCCAUAUAGCCAAUCAGCCCAAAGGGGGAAAUGAUAGUCUGUGUAAUAAGCGGCUCUGAAUAACCCAAGCAUUGGUCCAUUUGUCAUGCUCUCUCCCUGUUGUGUAUGAUACACUCCAAAUGCAACCCCCAAAACCGCGCUCUGUGAUGACCACUAGGACCGAAGCCCUGCCAGUGAAGGAACAAAAUUCUCGGGAAGCCAGAGAGGCUUAUGAAUGAACAGCGGUAGCGUGUCCGCCGUACCAGUGAGCUAUUGCACACGAGAAGCAGCAUUUAACCCGCGAAGAGGGGUUGGAGUGGGGAGUAUUAUUUCACCAAAUUUAAGAGAGAGGGGGGGGGCGAGGGAGGCAGCAAACUUUUAUCCAUUCUAGCAAACAAAUGCCAUGACCCGGCGCUUAUCGGUAGGACUACCUGCACCCUGUUCGGGAAAACCUGUAUUCCGGAACACCAGCAACCCCGGUAUGGGAAAUGCCAAAGGAAGCAGAUACAAGCUGGGAAAAACUCGGGUGACAUUUUGUGACUCCCCAUCAAACAUUCAAGCUCACUAUGAUACUAUCAUGCCGACCAUGUGCAGGAAAUGCAAAUCAAGUCAAAUCUAUCAUAGCCAAUGUUUUCCAAGAUAG